AUGGUCGUGUACAGUAUAUUCAUAUACUGCAGCGUUUGCUCCUCCUUGUGUUUCUCUUGGACGAUCAUAAAUCAAGGUAAUGUGAGGGAGAUUUCAGAAACAGAAGGCUACACUCAUACACACUUUCACGAUGAUGUACCAGACUCUGAAAUAAAUGACGAAGACGUAUUUACAUACAUAGAUUUGGAGGACAGUUAUCAACCAACCACUGAUGACUCGACUGAUUGGGAGUUUCUACGCGAUGGGGAGAAUUCCACAGAAAGAGAUUUUGUUGAUUAUAUUAAUGCUGAUAAUGGGGAAGCUGUUUUACAGACUGGACAAAACUUACGAAUGGCAGAAGACAGUCAUCGUCGUGUGAUGGCUGAUGUCGAAGUUCUGGCGGUAGUUGAUUACUGCCUUUACCGGAAGUACCUCCGAAAUAACCGCAACAACAAGAGGAAAGCUCAAGAGCAUAUCGAACGUUACUAUCGUAUUCUCUUCUCAAUGGUGAACCAACGAUUCUCUACCAUCCAAUCUCCGUUGCUGUCAGUCCACGUCAGCUUGGUCGGCAUUGUGAUUCCAAAGAACCGUGGUGAUGCUAGCUGGCUCGAGAACUCUGUGCUCUGGCCUCGGACUGUCCGCCAAGGUGUUGUGAAUGUGGAUACAGCUCUGAACAAGUUUCAGAUGUGGCUUCGAAGGAAAUACCCCGACCUACCUAAUUACGAUCACGCUGUAGCUUUCACAGGACACCGGUUAUAUAAAGGCCAAAGGAAAGUUGACGGUUUGGCAUAUAUCGGAACUGUAUGUCGAAGUUUGGAAGGAAAAUCCUCUUCAGUUGUAUAUGAUAACGGGGAUUUUCUUGCUGUAGGAAUCGCCACUCACGAACUUGGGCACAGUCUAGGUGCCACACACGACGGAGACCGCCUCAAUUCCGCCUGUUCAGCAGAUAUGGAUAACAUUAUGUCCCCUAGGCAGAGCAUCAAUGGAAAAGCAACAACGUCCAUGUUUUACUUCUCGGAAUGCAGCAUCAAACAGAUGGCAAGUCACCUCCAGUCUCGGAGAAGAUGUUUAACCUCAGGAACUAGAGAGGCGAACAUCCAAUCGAACAGCAUUUCUCCUGGUUCCAUAUACGGACUUACGAAACAGUGCCAGAUGGUAUUUGGUCCACAGUCCGAUUUCUGUCAGCGUGAUGGUCGCCAUGACAUGUGUGAACAACUCUGGUGCACUAAUCCCAGUAAUGCCCGGAUCUGCCAAACUAAGUCGCGUCUGGUAGCACUACCGGGCACAAUUUGUUCACAUCAGAAGAUAUGUCAUCUCGGUAACUGUGUGGAUCCGUCUUCAAUACAGAGGCAGACCAAUGGGUUUAAGUUCGCCAAGCCAACAUCAAUGAAAGAAUGUCCUGUUGGCGAUAAAGACCCCGCGUAUUGUACAUCUAUGGCCAAGAAGUAUGGACGUCAACUAAUAUGUGAGCACAAACUUAUAGGAGCUUACUGUUGUCAGACAUGCUCAAUGCUUAUGUAAACUUUGCGAAUGUGGUCACACGUGAUCAAUGGUUAUAUAAAAACAGAUCAUGAUCAUGGUUAGAGAAAUGUUUUAUUUAUGUAGUAAUAUGAACGUGUGGCUGUCUUACAUGUGGCUAUGAGCUUGAGACAAAAGAAACACCUGUCUAACCACUGUUAAACAUCAGUGUGAAACAGCUGCACUCUAACCUACUGAAACACGAAAAUGACUGUUUGGAUGCACAACUUUUCUGAAAAGAGCAAAUAUA